AUGGUCAAUGCAAAAUUAGACCUUUUCAAAAUGCCGCCAAUGGACACCAGUACCUCUUCCUACCAUAUGGUAACCAUUCAACCGUUCACUACUGGCACGACACCCAUUGAUUUCCAAGUGGAUGCCCAAGGGGAUUUUGUGGAUUUGAACCGAAGUUAUUUCGAUGUGGAAUUACAAUUGAGUUCGACUGAUAAUAAUAACUUGGCUAGGACUGCCAAUGACACAGACACCACGAUUGCACCUGUGAACAAUUUUGCUCAUUCCAUCUUCAAACAAAUCAACAUGAGAUUGAAUGGAACUCUGAUCAGCGGACAAGACACAAAGCGUAUAUGGAAACUCUUAAACAACAACAGACAAGCCGGUGAAAUGAUCUUAGUUCCUCAAGGAACACAUCGAUGUGGUAAGCCAAUACACAGCUGCAGACAUCAAAAAUGAAGAUUCUCAGCACGCAGCCCUAUCCCAGCAACACAAAGAUACUUUGAAAACACAGAAAGAUGCCCUAGUUCCUUUUGUAGCACAAAGAAGGCAUAUGCUGAGGAUGAAACAUCAUUUGGAACCCUUAAUGAUGGGAAAACUUUUAGUGCCUGGAGUACAAUUUAGUAUUCAAUUUCAUAUGAAUGCACCAGAACUAAUCUUCAAUGCUGUGACUAUCCAAGGAAAAAUCAGGGAAAUCAAGAUGAAUAUGUACCUGUGCGUGGUAUGGUUAAAUGAAACCAUCUCUAGAAGUCUGAUGAGUAAAAUGGCCACCCAGAAAGAAAUUGUCAAGUAUCCCACAGUCAGGUCCGAAAUCGCUACGCAAUCGUUCAGACAAGAAGAAAGGAUACUGGAAAUACGAAAUCCCUUCCAAUCCAGGAUACCCAAUUUCACUAUGGCAGCACUGGUGAACACAGCCGCUUUCAAUGGUGCCUACGACCGAGAUCCAUUUUGUUUUGAAAAAUCUAGAGUGACCAGUUUAAAGCAAUUUAUCAGAGGAGAAGAAUAUCCAUAUGAAUCUAUGGACCUCAACUACAAUGAUGGACAAAAAGAUUGGACAGGAUAUCACAGAUUUCUACAAGCUUCUGGCUGCAUGACCAAAGGAGAACCUAACAUGGUCUUGUCCAAAGAUUGGGGGCAAUAUUACGUAGGCACUUAUGUCAAAAAUGGCAAUUGUACUCUGUUUUCCAUUGACAACGUAGCCAGCGGAUGUGUGGAUUGUCCCUAUUUAAACUCCAAGCAAUCAGGUGAUAUCGUAUACAAGAUUUUCGUGGGCACCGGAGGUUUACCUGCAGAUACCACAGUCCUUUUGCUUGCUGAAUUUGAAAACCUGAUAGAAGUGUAUUCUAACCAAGCCGUUUUGAACGACAUUAUACGUGGACACACACCUGGCAACGCAUGA